ACGCGAUUUCCUGCCCACCACUAUGUUGUUGACUGAUCUUAAUCUGGCGCCGUCUCGUGGUUUUGAGGAAAUGUGUGUGUUACAUCUUCCAGACAUAUAGAAUCGCAGCUAUGGACCAGAAGCCACCUGUGUGGAUGAAAAAAGAGGAAACAGAUGACAUAACAUCAAAGUCAGGCUCCAUGGAUCAGGUUUACCCAUCCAGCAUGAAUGUAAAAGAGGAGUUGGAGGUUGGUGCGAAUAAAGAGUUUCCUGGAGAUCCAUUAAAGAAUGAGGAGCCUAGUGCUGGGGUAAAGCAAGAUUCAGAAUUGAAACAUAUGGAUUGCUCUGAGCUUAAUUUUGUUGAAGAUGGAUCUGGAAUCUCUUGGUCCACCGAUUUUAUCAAGGAGGAUCCUGAACUAAAUGUGGAAGUUGAUAUAACUGACAGCAUUGUGGCAACCUCAACAAGCUAUGCAUCCAGUAGUGCAAGGCGACCGCUGUUGGGUGAACGCCUACUGCGCUAUCAGCCGUGGAACCUCUCCUUUCCCGACGACUUCAGUGCGCUGUGCGAGGAGCGGCAGCCAGAGCUGUCGCAGGUGUUCAGCCUAGCUGCCUCACUGUACGCCGCCUAUCGCGUCUACUGGUACGCUGCCGCUGAGUACAUCGAUUUAUUAUACGAAGAUGAAUUCAAGACUGUAGACGAGGAGUGGCAGCUGGAGGACAGAAGCAGCGCUACACUCUCCGUGGACACUGACUGCGUGCAGCUGUUGGCGAACGCCCUGGACCACCCCACGUGUCCGCUGGAAGACCUGCCUCUGGAAGCGGUUAAGCAGCGCGAGCAGUGCCGUGUGCAGCUGUGGGACGACGUGGUGCAGAGGUCGCCCCACAUACCCGUCACAAGCUACCUGGCCUACACACAGAGGGUGAACGUCAACCUCUGUCUGCUGGCCUGGAUGGCAGUCAACUCGUACAGCAUUUGUCAGGGCGUCCCGUUUAGUAUGAUACAGUCCGUGCAUGAUGCUCGCUGCUAUUUCGAUAGACCUGACGAUCAAUCGUGUCUGCAAUCGAACGCUACAGAUGCCAUCUGCUCUGUUUCAGGAGCUAUUCUGUUGCUGAAGUGCCGCGAUUUUUCCUCCUUUAAGCAUUUCCAUAAUUGUACGCUCAUUUAUUUCCAAUUUCUAUCGAGCGAUCGUACUAGCAGCAUACUGCAUCAAAAGCUAACAGAAGAAACACUGAACUACAAAAACAGUUUAAAUAACGCUACCUUAAAAUACAAGGAUUUCAAAAUCGACAGCUUGAAGCCUUUAGAAAUCUCAUUAAAAUGGUAAAUAUUACUUUCCGUUUUUCGACUGCCGGAGUAUACAUGUACCUUCCCCAGUUACGUUACUUGCCUGUAAAGAUACUCUUGUCCUUUCAGAUCACGUGUAUAAUCCAGAUCCUGUGUUUUGAGGUCAUGUAUCGUAUGGCAGAUUUCCCUGACUUACCAACAGCAGUGCUGAUAGACAGCGCCCUCACACUUCUCAGCUGUAUCUGGCUAAACUCAUUCUGCUACCAGAUGUAUGCUUGUGUUCGUCAUCUCAGGCUUCCAAACGACCUGCUACCUUCUGAAGUAAGCAAGUUAUUCUGUCGUCAGGUGUUGUAUGUGUUAAUACCGUGGAGUAUAGUAUGUGUGGCAGCUGUUGCUUUGGAAAAGACGAGUAAAUAUUACCUGAUCCACAGUCGUGUGUUAGUCCUUGUGGGGACUUCACUGUCAGUGGCUUUCAAUUUGGUUUUUCUCUGCCUGGUUGGAUACAUGUACCUACGAACUCGGUAUUCAUUGCGGCAACUCAAAAUUGUUGAUAACACUAAAUUUGCCUCAAAGAAGGAAUGUCUUUUUAUGUCAGUUAAGACCGUUAUUUUAAGUGGAAUAGGAAUUAUUAUUAGAAUUGGGUUCCACCAGGCUCAAGGGAUAGCGCAGUUAGUGUAUAAUGUACAUGUAGCGACAAUGGUGCAAGGACCAGUGCUCUUCGUCUGUUUCGUUUGUAAUGCAACGACGCUCCCCAUAGUGAAGAACAGGGUACUGGCAUGGUGGAACCCAAAUAGCAUCCCUGCUGGGCUAAAGCUGUGUUCAGCAGCUGAGAGGAAUCUAGCCAGGAGAAACAAUGAACAGUCUCUGGUUGCAGAAUCCUCUCUGUAGCCUCCUUCAGUAUUUUUCGCAAGUAACUGUCUUGACAGUAGUCUGCAUUAAAGCCAGCAAUAAAAAUUGAAUCUACCUGAUAUGACAAUAUUAAACGUCAUUAAAUGUGAUGUAGUACAGCCAGUACUUCUCUUUCCUUAUGUCUUCUUCAUUUAUAACUGCAUGCUUGCUUGCAAGUGGUAACCUCUGUCUACACAUUCUAACGCACUGAGAUUACUUACUAGAAUUGUUGGGAAACGCUUUGUGUACCCAAAAAUAUCUGGUACCGUGCACCGCGGAAUUUGAAUCCCCGCCAGACGUCAUGGACGUCGAAGACCCCUAGAGGUCUCUGCACCAUCGCGCCGUAAGCUGUGGCGGCGCUCGCCCCCUGGCCCGCAUUUAGCGUGAGGGCGCCACAGUGGAACACGUGGUUGCACCGGCCAAUAGCGGCGUCCUCGAUAGAGUACUUAAGCGCCUGCCUCUCGCUCAGCCAGCCAGUCUAACAUUGCGUACAUCUCUGGACAUAACGCCUCGUCUUAGACAGCGUAUUUACUUUCGUGUUUUGUUUACGAGUGGACGUGGUUGUUUAGUUAGGUUUUCUUGACGCUGUUGUCUCGCUGUUGUUGUUGUCGUAAGGUCUUUCUUUGGUUGUGUCCAACCUCUCCGUUGUGUUGUUGUUCGCGGGCCGCUCCGCAGGUCCCGCCGCAUUUUCUGUCACUUCAACCCCGUGACUGUUCUGGUCACCGU